AUGGCUUCCACCGCCGCGCCGACUACACGAGCACCAGCGGAGGAACUGAGCAUAGACGAGGAGAUCACGGCGGACGGAAACGGAUCGAAUGAGGGACGAGUGAGGUUCGCGAGCGGGUUGAGGAGGCGGAUCCUUCACUUUACUCCGAGCUGGUUUGUCGUCAACAUGGGCACCGGCAUCUCGUCCAUCCUGCUCUACAACCUACCCUACUCGUUCAACGGGCUCAAGGAGAUUGCCAUUGCGAUCUGGCUUCUGAACGUCGUGCUGUUCUCGCUCUUCCUGCUCAUCGCUCGAUACUGCAUCUUCCCCACUGUGCUGUCUGCGAUGCUCUAUCACCCGGUCCAGAGCCUCUUCCUCGGCUGCUUCCCGAUGGGCUUCGCCACGAUUGUCAACAUGACGGUCUUCGUCGCCGCUGAGCGAUGGGGCGGAAGAUGGAUCUGGCUCGCCUGGUCGCUGUGGUGGGUCGACGCAGCUAUCUCAGUUAUCAUCGCUAUUGGCGUUCCAUUCUUCGUCUUCACGCGCCACCAGCACGCCUCCACACUCAACACGGUCUCGCCGGCAUGGCUUCUCCCUAUCGUCGCGCCGAACGUCGCGAGCGCUACCGGCGGAAUCGUUGCCGCAGUUCUGCCGCCGUCGCAGGCUCGGUUGACGAUUGUCGUCUCGUACAUGCUCUGGAGCUCGGUACCGGUCGCCGUGAUGAUCAUGGGCCUGCUGUACCUCCGCAUGGCCGUGCACAAGAUUCCCCUCGCAACCGAAAUCUUCUCCGUCCUCCUCCCGCUCGGCGCGUGCGGCCAAGGCGCUUUCGCCAUCCUCCAGCUCGCCGAAGUGAGUCUCGAGCAUACGAAGGCAACUGGAGUCUGGCUGGACGGCGGAAGAAUGCUCGGGAAUCUGCCGGCUGGAACGGCAGAGUUGGUCGCGAGUGCAGUCUGGGCGGGCACGGUCUGCAUUGCGCUCGUCAUCUGGGCGCUCGGCG